AUUUAUCGUCCCGGAACUUGACCUUGUCGCUUAAGCAAGCCUUGGCUAUGUAUGCGCGUAAACGAAACACAAAAUCGACUACACCAGUGGUGCGUAAGAAGGCAGGAAGUUCAAGCCAGUAUUGGGGGCUCAUGGAAUCGUGGAACUCAGCAUCCUCCACGGCCGACAUUGUGGUCGCCCAAGAUGGAUCCGGCACUUACAACACAAUAAAUCAGGCAGUCGAUGCACUAUCCAGAAUGGGCAACAACGGGGAGAAAAGGGUGGUUGUGUACGUCAAACGCGGAGUUUAUAACGAGAAUGUUGAGAUCCAUAGGCGAAUGAAGAACAUAAUGUUCGUUGGCGACGGGAUGGACAAGACCAUAGUUACCGGGAAUCGGAACAUCCAAGACGGUGCUACCACCAUAGGCUCCGCUACAUUCCGUGUAUUGGGUGAUGGGUUUUGGGCACGGGACAUGACCUUCGAGAACACGGCCGGGCCACACAAACACCAAGCAGUGGCAUUGGCGGUCGCCUCGGAUCACGCCCUCUUCUAUAGAUGCAGCAUGAAGGGCUACCAAGACACUCUCAUGGUCCAUUCCUUGAGACAAUUUUAUCGCGAUUGCCACAUCUAUGGCACGAUUGACUUCAUAUUCGGGGAUGCCUCGGCCGUGCUCCAAAAUUGUGACAUUUUCGUCACGCGGCCCAUGGAUCAUCAAUCCAACUUUAUAACGGCCCAAGGGAGGUAUGACCCGAAUGAGAACACAGGGAUAUCCAUCAUAAACUCGAGGGUGCAACCAACGCCGGAGUUGGAUGGUGUGAAAGGCAGGGUAAAGAGUUACUUGGGGAGGCCUUGGAAGAAGUAUUCAAGGACAUUGUUCAUAAAGAGUGACCUUGAUGGGAUUAUUGAUCCAAAGGGUUGGAUGGAGUGGAGUGGGAAUUAUGCACUCUCAACUUUGUAUUAUGGGGAGUACAUGAAUACGGGGGCCGGGGCAUCCACGGAUAGACGGGUUAAUUGGGCAGGCUUUCAUGUGUUGAAGGCGGCCCAAGAAGCAAGCUCAUUUUGUGUGAAGAAUUUUAUCCAAGGGGAUUCUUGGAUCCCAGAAAGUGGAGUGCCGUUUGGUUCCGAAAUAUGAUGGCCUGUGGAGAAACUGAGAAAGUAUAUAUUUAGCUAGUUUUCUUGCCCUUUGUUUUAUGUUAUCCGAUGACUUGUUCUAAGAUUUCCCUUGUACAUCAUCAUUACGUUAUUUGUAUAUUAUCCACAUUAGCUAAUGUAGCUAAUAAUUAUUAUAAUCUCAUGUAUACAUUAGUGAAUUAAGACUUUCAGCUAGAAGUAAUCAAUG